AUGCACGGCCAGCCCCAGCCCCAGCCCCGGCCCGGCCCGCAGCCCCCGGCGCGGCCCAAGGCAGGCAGGAGGCGCUACAAGACCUUCAUGAUCGACGAGAUCCUCUCCAAGGAGACGUGCGACUACUUCGAGAAACUUUCGCUGUACUCGGUGUGCCCGUCGCUCCUGGUUCGGCCCAAGCCGCUGCACUCGUGCGCCGGGUCCCCUUCUCUGCGGGCGUAUCCUCUCAUCUCCGUCAUCACCCGGCAGCCGCCCGUCCUGCCCCAGCUGCUCCCCGCCACCGGCAGCUCCCGGGUGCUGCCAGCCCAGCCCUGCGUGGGGGCCGCAGGCGUGGAUGUUUCCCCCAGCGAGGCCCAGGGCAGCAGCGAGUCUGAGGCAGAGCAGCCCCCACCACGGUCGAAGAAGCCGCGCAGGAGUCGGACCAUCUUCACCGAGAUCCAGCUCAUGGGCCUGGAGAAGAAAUUCCAGAAGCAGAAGUACUUGUCCACCCCUGACAGGCUCGACCUAGCCCAAUCCUUAGGGCUGACUCAGCUCCAGGUGAAGACAUGGUACCAGAACCGUAGGAUGAAGUGGAAGAAAAUGGUGUUGAAGGGUGGACAGGAAGCUCCAACAAAGCCCAAAGGCCGUCCAAAGAAAAACUCCAUUCCCACCUCGGAGGAGAUCGAAGCAGAGGAGAAAAUGAACAGCCAGGCUCAGAGUCAGGUGCAGGACGGAUCUCAAGCCUCUGAGGAGCCAAAACUAACAGAGGAGAACCCAGAAGAAGUCCUACUGGAGACAGAGAAGUCUCCACAACAUAUAGCAGAGCCUUCCUCAGAGGAGACUACACCAUUAAGUUAAAAGAGAGAGAAAGGAGGGGAGAAGAGGAGAAAAAAAAAAAAAAUAAAAGAGAAAAAUCAAAACCAAAUAUAUAUAUAUAUGUGUGUGUGUAUAUAUAUAUAUUUAAAUAUGUAUGUAAUGGUGUGUGUACACAUAUAUAUAUACAUAUAUAUAUAUAUGUAUGUAGACCUUGUGUAUAAGUCUAAACAUUGGUCACUUUGUGCCUUUGGGAAUGACAGGCCAGGUGGACAAAGGCAUCCCAUGGGAGCGGUGCCUGUUCCUCUGGCAGGAGCCUGAGCCUUCCUGCAGAGAGGGCUGGGGCCAGGAGACGUUUCCAGGGAAAACCACUCCUAGAAGCCCUAGACAGCUCCUUGAGAAGCCUGGGGCUCUCCCAGACGGUCAGAGGUAGGGGUGUGGCUGUGCUGGAGGGUCAGUGUGUUCCCUUGGCUUUAUCCUUGCCUUGUGUGGUGCCAGUGGACAAAGAGCUUGGCCUGGGCUCAGAUCAGGGAUAGCUGAGGAAUGAGAGCUCUGACAGCACCAUUUCCUCAUGUAACCAGCACUUAAUUCUGUUAGGGAUGGGCCCGAUUUAAACGAUUUUAGGAGACGGUUCAGACCCCCAGGUUUGCUUUGGCCCAGUUAAGAUCUAAGCUUCCAAAGGGAGAUCCAUACCUGGGUGAGCUCCAAUUGCCUCUCCUUGGGUAGUUUGUGUCUGUGAAUUUGCAGUGAUGUGGGAUAAAACUUGGAAUGAGAUGAGCAUUUGGAUAUGUCUGCUCCAAAAGCUUUUGGGUGCUUGGAUCUGUGACUUUUGCUUUGGGCCCACUUCUGAUUUUUGUAGGGAUUUUUUAAAUGAACUGUUAAAUGUUUUCAUGGUUUGGGGAAAAUGAUGGAUUUCCAAAGUUGUUGCAAGAAGUUGGCAUUUGUUUAAGAUGUGUGGCAAGAAAAGAUGUGC